UUGAAUGGGCACUUUGGUUUACAACAACUUGUGUUUCUUGCAUUCACGUCCAGAGGCCAGAGCUUUCUCAUUUACUACCAGAAUUGUUAGUUCAUCUGAAAUUGGAAUAAUCUCUAAACGACAAGUGUUGGAGCAAGUUGAUAAGGAGCUAAGCAAGGGAGAUGAGAGGUCGGCUCUUGCUUUAGUCAAGGAUUUUCAAGGAAAACCCGGUGGCCUUCGAUGUUUCGGAGCUGCUCGUCAGGUACCUCAAAGGCUCUAUACAUUAGAUGAAUUGAAGCUGAACGGAAUAGAAGCGGUGUCUCUUUUGUCACCGGUGGAUCAAACUCUUGGUUCGAUUGAACGGAAUUUGCAGCUUGCUGCUGCUGUAGGAGGAAUUGCGGCAUGGAAUGUUUUUGGUUUUAGUCCGCAACAGAUAUUUUAUUUGUCUCUAGCAUUGUUGUUUUUCUGGACGUUGGACUCGGUUUCUUUUAAUGGUGGAGUUGGCAGUUUGGUUCUUGACACAAUUGGUCACACUUUUAGCCAGAAGUACCACAACAGGGUUAUUCAACAUGAAGCUGGUCAUUUCUUAAUUGCAUACUUGGUGGGUAUUCUUCCCAAAGGGUAUACACUAUCUAGUUUGGAAGCUCUUCAGAAAGAAGGAUCACUCAAUGUUCAAGCAGGAACUGCUUUUGUGGAUUUCGAGUUUCUUGAAGAAGUUAAUUCUGGUAAAGUAUCAGCUACGACGUUGAACAGAUUCUCAUGUAUAGCGUUAGCAGGCGUGGCGACGGAAUAUCUAUUAUAUGGAUAUGCUGAGGGUGGCCUUGCUGAUAUAAACAAGUUGGAUUCAUUACUUAAAGGCUUAGGCUUCACACAGAAGAAAGCAGACUCUCAAGUCAGAUGGGCUGUACUAAACACAGUCCUACUUUUGCGCCGCCACGAAGCAGCUCGGGCCAAACUUGCUGAAGCCAUGUCCAUGGCAAAAUCUGUAGCAUCCUGCAUUGACAUUAUAGAAGAUACCAUAGAUGAAUCUGACAUUUAGUUCCAAAUGGUUCAAAGUUGA